GUUCGCCAGCAUGGGGGCGAACUACUGCUGCCAACAAUGCACUUGGAGGAUACUUAUCAUCAUCACUUUGUCCUUCAGAUUAUGUGCCCAAUCCCUUAAUGACCCCCUCGUAGUAUGUGGACUGGACCACGGGCAGCGUGUCCUGCAAAGUUGUCACACAGAAGAUAGCGGUAUAUGGGCUGGGUCACCACGACUGGCUGUAACAACAAUGCUUUACAAGUGUGUAGCAGAGGCCAACAGCUCUGCCAACAUGACAAUCCGCCCGCUGCGCAUUGUUGUCCCAGACGGCACCCUUGUGCGCACCUUCAGCCAACUGGCCAACGGCAGCAGCUCCUCAUUCAGCAGAGCUACAGGCGUGCCCAUUGAAUUCGUGAUUAUGCCACCGGUAGCUUAUUCAAUGGCGCGUGGUUCAAUGUUAUUGGACACUUCACCGCCAACUGCGGACAGAGGCUAUGAUGCCAUAAUGGUUGCGCCCACAGCAUUCGGAGACGCUGCACAGGUCGAAAGGGCGGCGGUUGGCAGCGGUUGACAGCGGUUGGUUUGUAGGGGUUGGCAGCGGUUAAUGGGCUCCAAGUUCCAACCAAAGUUGAUUCGCUAGCAGCAACAUAACACUGCUGACACAACCACACGCUUGCGAGUUACUGCGUGACAAGGCACGCCGCAGGAUCCAGCACAAUACCAUGUCUCCGCCCAUCGCUUAUCCAGGUUCCCGGCAAACUGCUGGAUUUGUCGUACAUCGUAUCGGACGACACAAUGCUCGACUGGGAGGGUAUCCGGCCGCAGUUUCGAGGUACGGCAGUAACGUACGACGGCGCUGUGGUGGCGCUACCGCUGCUGCCCGUGCCCUUCUUCACAUACUACCACCUGCCCAUCUUCCAGCGGGACGGGCUGAGGCCGCCGCGCACCUGGGAGGAGUUUGCUGACCUCGCGGAGCGCUACCACGGCCGGGAGGGCCUGGUGGGCGCAAGUCUAUGGGUGCCAAAUUGCCGCUCUGAGAGCUUCGUGCUGCGCUACAUCCUCGGCAGCUACGUACAGACCCAUGGGCCAUCCCAGGGGGUGCUGUGGGACGCGGAAACUCUGCAGCAGCUGGGGAGCACGGAGGCGGUGGAAGCGGCGCUGCGGAUCAUGCGCCGCAUUCGAGCCGUGGGGCUGAACUCCUCGUCCAUCGGUGUCCCCUGCGUCCCGCGGGACUUCAACGUGGGCCGCUGCCUGCUGGCAGUCGGCGAGCCGGGA